AUGAGGUCGACACUUUCGCAGAGCGUGCUCUUUCUGCUCUACGGCCUCGCUAUAGCGGCCCCGCCCAACUCGGGCGUCGUGAAGAGGCAGGAUGCACCGGCAGCGAACCCCGACGAUGACCAGAGUCCCAAGUCAUGCAACACACCCAGCAACAGACAAUGUUGGGUCGACGGAUUCGACAUCAACACCGCUUACGAGGAGAAGACUCCUGACACUGGGGUGACUAGGGAGUAUGACCUGGUUCUUACUGAACACCCGACGUACAAGGCUGGAGAUGGCAUGGACAAGAAUACCGCCAUGCUCAUUAAUGGCGGCUUCCCGGGCCCAAACAUCAAGGCAAACUGGGGUGACAAGAUCCGCGUGAGAGUCGUCAACAACCUCAGAACGAACGGCACGUCCAUUCACUGGCACGGAGUCAGACAGCUGAACAAUAACAUCAACGACGGAGUCAAUGGUAUCACCGAGUGCCCCAUCCCACCGGGCUCCAGCAAGACGUACGAGUGGCGCGCCGAGCAGUAUGGCUCCUCAUGGUACCAUUCUCAUUUCUCUGACCAGUAUGCCAACGGCAUUGCGGGCACCAUCCAGAUUGAUGGACCGACCUCCAAGAACUACGACGAGGACCUCGGCGUCUACUCUAUUUCGGACUGGUACUACAAGUCGGCCGACGAGAUCCGGUCAACCUUCACUGCACCCGCGGCCGUCCCCGCCAGCGACAACAUCCUCUUCAACGGCACCCACGUGAACAAGAACGGCGGCGGAGCCUACUCCCGCGUGACGCUCAAGAAGGGCAAGGUCCACAAGAUUCGCCUCAUCAACAUGUCGGUCGACAACACCUUCUCCGUCAACCUCGUCAACCACAAGAUGACGGUCACGGGAACCGACUUUGUGCCCGUCAAGCCUUUCCAGACGGACUCGCUGUACCUCUCCGUCGGCCAGCGCUACGAUGUCCUCAUCAACGCCGACCAGGACUCCAGCAAGGCCUACUGGUUCAACGUCACGUUCGCCUCCAACAGGCUCUGCGGCACGUCCAACAUCAACAAGCCCGCCGCCAUCUUCCAGUACGAGGGCGCGUCCAGCAACAUAGUGCCCAAGGACGCGGGCCAGGCGGUCACGGAUUCCCAGUGCCAGGACAAGACGGAUUACGAGCCCAUUUACAGCGUCAACGUCGACUCCACGGCCUUCUCCAAGACUCAGGACAACUCCUUGGACGUCACUGUCGACACCAGCAGGACGACCAACCAGCAGCGCGUGUACUGGAAGGUCAACGGCCAGGACAUGGACGUCGACUGGGAUGAGCCGACGCUGUCUUACCUUGCCAAGAAUGACUCCGACUACCCUGCCCAGUUCAACGUCUUUGAGGUGCCGAACGAGAAUAACUGGGCAUUCUGGGUCGUCGAGAACCUCUUCCCUGCUCCUCAUCCCAUGCAUCUUCACGGCCACGACUUCUACGUUCUCGGCCACUCGGAUCCCACGAACGGCGGACGGGGCAACGGUCAAAGGUUCAACCCGCAGACUGACACUUCCAAGCUCAACUUCAAGAACCCGACGAGGCGCGACGUCACCACGUUGCCCGGCAGAGGCUGGCUCGUCGUAGCGUUCAAGACGGACAACCCCGGCGCCUGGCUGUUCCACUGCCACAUCGCGUGGCAUCUCAGCCAGGGCUUGAGCGUCCAGUUCCUCGAGCGCACGCAGGACAUCGCCAACACCUUCAAGAUCGACGCCAUUGACGACAUGUGCUCGCAGUGGAACUCGUACGCGAAGAAUGCGCCGUACAAGCAGUCCGACUCUGGUAUUUGA